AUGGCAAAAAGAAAACGUUCUGUGAACGAUGCUCCAGGCCCAACCCGUGGCAGGAAGGCAAAAGCAUUGCCUGCACCUUCGUCUCCUUCUUUUAAUUCCUCGCAACCCGUAGAGCCUGCUGUUCCAACAUACCCAUACAAUUCCGAGACUGGCAUACCAUUAACUGAAACCAAGCCCAAUUAUGAAUUGCUUGAACAGCGAUUGCCAUUCAAGGAAAACUUUUCUUUGAGCCAUUCGCUGGCUCGGUCCCGUAACAAGUGGCUUUCUGGUGCAAUGUUUACAAAGUACUGGACGCGUCCACCCCGAGGCCGUAAAUUACAGGAAGGCGAGGUUAAUGCACGCGAAAAAAUGUCAAAGCUUUGCGAAUGUAUUAUGGUAAUUGGCCCUCAUAUUUUUGAGACCAAGCUGUUUAUUGUCAAGGAUGAUCCAGCUGAUGCUCUCCCUGAUUCUAAACCUGAAGAUGAAGAAAAGGCUUCUGUAGCUUUAACUCAACCAGAGACUGCUCAAACAGACGCGCCUUCUACUGCCGCUUCUGUAACACCUAAUCAAGUUGUCAAAAAUGCAGAACCCGCCAAUUUACAAAAAUCUUCUGUCCCACCAGCAAACAAUCCACCUCCUGUUGUGGUACCGCCUGUUUCACCCGCAUCUAAAGCUCCGGUUCCAACUCCAGUACCAGCAUCAACAUCGGCUCCAGUACCAGCAUCAGCUUCAGUACCAGCACCAGCUCCAGCACCAGCAUCAGCUCCAGCACCAGCAUCAGCAUCAGCUCCAGCACCAGCUCCAGCACCAACUACGGCACCAACUACGGCACCAGCUCCAGCACCAGUUCCAGCUCCAGCACCAGUUCCAGUUCCAGUUCCAGUUCCAGUUCCAGUUCCAGUUCCAGUUCCAGUUCCAGCUCCAGCUCCAACACCAACACCAGCACCAGCACCAGUUCCAGCUCCAACACCAGCACCAGCACCAGCACCAGCACCAGCUCCAGCACCAGCACCAGCUCCAACACCAGUACCAGCACCAGCUUUAACACCAGCACCAGCACCAGCACCAGCACCAGCACCAGCACCAGCACCAGCACCAGCACCAGCUCCAGCACCAGCACCAGCACCAGCACCAGCUUCAGCACCAGCUCCAGCUCCAGCCCCAGCUCCAGCCCCAGCCCCAGCUUCAGCCCCAGCUUCAGCCCCAGCUUCAGCCCCAGCUUCAGCCCCAGCCCCAGCAUCAGCAUCAGUUCCAGCCCCAGCUCCAACUCCAACUCCAGUACCAGUUCCAGCACCAGCACCAGCUCCAAAUACAAGCUCGGUUCCACCUUCGUCUACUGCUGCAUAUCCCAUAGUCAACUCGCUCAAAGCUGCACCUGCUUCUGUACCUUCUCCAAAACCACCAGCUCCAGCAGCUUCACCUGCGGUGAAAACACCAGUUGCUCCAAAACUUUCUGCUCCGAGAUCAUCCCUGGUUAGUUCUGUUCCUGCAAUUGGAAAUGACCAACAAAAACCACUAGCUCCAAGUGUACCUUCAACUCCUUCCAAACCUUCUGCACCUCUUCCGGUUGCUGAUAAGGUUGCUGGGGUGCCACCACUUAAACCGGCAACAACACCUGCGGUAAUUCCCAAACCUACAGCAAUUCAAGCGGCACCUGCAGCAACAAAGCCUAUUAAUAAACCUGCUACAGCUCCUGUUGGAUCAUCACCAGCACCUUCGACACCAGCCAAACCAGCCCCUGGACCCAAUUCAAUUACCUCCAACCCGGAAAAUGUUCAAACAAUUCUUAAGCUUCAGGCAAUUGCUCGGAUCGACAAAUCUCUCAAUGCUUUGAUGAAGAUUGUGGCCAGUGGAAGUGCCUCUCACCAACAAAUUACUGAAUUCCAAGGGUACAUUAAUCGCGUCAGAAUGAUUGACUUGGAAGAUAUUCCCAAAUAUUUUACUCCAGAGGGCCCAAAGUUCCCUCCAGACAUGCAAUUUCGCAAACCUCCCCCACCUUCCACUCCUAGACCUGCCGCAUCAACAGGGCCUUCAAAUACGUCACCAAUAUCUCGAAACACGCCAAUUGCUCCUAACCGGGCUCUACCAAGACCGACAACAGCAAAUCUUACAGCAUCGCCUGCUCUUCCGUUGCAAUCUUCUAUUCAACCAAAUCCUCUUAGUUUGACACCUGGUAAACGAGGACCAAAUGCUCUGAAAACCAAAAUUUCCAAACCCCCUAAGCCGGUGAAACCUCCUAAGGAAAAGAAAAUUAAGGAGCCCAAAAAGAAAGAUACAGAGGGGAAACCGGGAUGGGGGAAGAAGAAAAAGGAACCAACUAAACCAAAGUCAGUUUACGUUUCGAAAAAGCAGCAAAAGAAAGUCACAAUUGUUUUUGAAUUUAAAGACAACCCAGCUGACAGAUAUAUUAUCCCUAAAAACUCCAUGAUUGAGAUUUUACCGACAAAUGAAGUUCUUGUUUCGUUUUUCUUGACAUUUCCAGAGGGCGGCCGCAUCUCAACUUCAAAAGAUCUGGGACUGUCAGGAAUGAAAAUGACACAUAUCAAGACCGAAAGUGGACUAGAUGAAGAGAUGGAAAUCACUGAACGACCUAGCACUAUUGGUGGUCUUGCAAAUGAAGAGAACCGCACGCCUACACCACCCCUAUCUACUGGAGAAGGGCUUUACUACCCACUUACAAUAACCAUUCGCGAUAUUCCAGUCAAGUCGCUUCCCUUGUUAGAGCGCUGUGUGCACAAGCCCCACGACGUGUACCAAAAUAUGCAAAGCACAAUUGACACGGGGAGACGUGCCAAAGACUGGUGGGUUUGGUUUGAGAUUGACCGUCGGGACGAGGACUUGCUCGAGCAGCUUAUACAGCCGGCCAAGCCUCCUGAGAAUAUGUUUGUGCCUGCACGUGUGCGUGUAUACAAGAGCAAGAAGAAGAAUAAACAUUCUGGAGAUCAUGAUGAGGAUGAUAAAAAGAAUGACGGCGGAGAGCUGAUUAAAAUAGAGGAUGACGAUAUGGAUGUGGAAGAAGAUCCAGAAAAAAAGGAAACGGCGACAACAAAAGCAAGCGGAGACGCCACAGUGACUGAUGUUCAAGAUGCUGGCACUAAAGCUAAUGUCAAUGAAACUUCUCCUGCAGCCGUCAAUAAAGAAAAGCCUGAAGAAAAGGAGCUGGCUGUUGUUGCACCUCCUGUUACUUCAGUUGCUUUAUAA